GCCUCCUCCCGCUGCCCGCGCGCAAGUUUGGCCGCUCCAGCCCGGCGCGCCUCGGCACCCGGGCGCCUUCGUUCCUGCUGGCCUCGGCGUGCCCUGCUCGGCGGGGACCCUCGGGAGCGAUGCCGAUGGAUGUGAUUUUAGUUUUAGGGUUCUGCGUGUGCACCGCCAGGACAGUGAUUGGCUUUGGGCUGGACCCUGACCUUCAGAUGGAUAUUAUUACUGAACUUGACCUUGUGAACACCACCAUUGGAGUCUCUCAGGUGUCUGGACUGCACAAUGGCAGUAAAGCAUUUUUAUUUCAAGGUACAGAAAGAGAGAUCCAUGCAGCUCCUCAUGUGAGUGAGAAAUUAAUUCAGUUGUUCCGGAACAAGAGUGAAUUCACCUUUUUGGCCACUGUACAGCAGAAGCCAUCGACUUCAGGUGUGAUACUGUCCAUUCGAGAGCUGGAACACAGCUACUUUGAGCUGGAGAGCAGUGGUCUGAGGGAUGAGAUUCGAUAUCACUACAUGCAUAGUGGGAAGCCCAGGAUGGAGGCUCUUCCCUACCGGAUGGCAGAUGGGCAGUGGCACAAGGUCGCUCUUUCUGUUAGUGCCUCUCACCUCCUGCUCCAUGUGGACUGCAAUAGGAUUUAUGAACGUGUGAUAGAUCCUCCAGAGACCAACUUUCCCCCAGGAAGCAACUUAUGGCUUGGUCAGCGCAACCAAAAGCAUGGCUUAUUCAAAGGGAUCAUCCAGGAUGGAAAGAUCAUCUUUAUGCCGAAUGGAUACAUAACACAAUGUCCAAACCUAAAUCGCACUUGCCCUACCUGCAGUGAUUUCUUAAGCCUGGUGCAAGGAAUAAUGGAUUUACAAGAGCUUUUGGCCAAGAUGACUGCAAAACUAAAUUAUGCAGAGACAAGACUUAGUCAAUUGGAAAACUGUCAUUGUGAGAAGACCUGUCAAGUGAGUGGAUUGCUCUAUCGGGAUCAAGACUCUUGGGUUGAUGGUGAUCACUGCAGGAACUGCACAUGCAAAAGUGGCGUUGUGGAAUGCCGGCGGAUGUCCUGUCCCCCUCUCAACUGUUCUCCCGACUCCCUCCCUGUGCACAUUGCGGGCCAGUGCUGUAAGGUCUGCCGACCAAAAUGUAUCUAUGGAGGAAAAGUUCUUGCAGAAGGUCAGCGGAUUUUAACCAAGAGCUGCCGGGAAUGCCGAGGUGGAGUUUUAGUAAAAAUCACAGAAACAUGUCCUCCUUUGAACUGCUCAGAGAAGGAUCACAUUCUUCCGGAGAAUCAGUGCUGCAGAGUCUGUAGAGGUCAUAACUUCUGUGUUGAAGCACCUAAAUGUGGUGAAAACUCAGAGUGCAAAAACUGGAAUACGAAGGCUACUUGUGAGUGCAAGAAUGGUUACAUCUCUGUCCAGGGAGACUCUGCCUACUGUGAAGAUAUUGAUGAAUGCGCAGCUAAGAUGCAUUAUUGCCAUGCCAAUACCGUGUGUGUCAAUCUGCCAGGCUUAUAUCGCUGUGACUGUGUCCCAGGAUACAUCCGUGUGGAUGACUUCUCUUGCACAGAGCACGAUGAAUGUGGCAGCGGGCAGCACAGCUGUGACGAGAAUGCCAUCUGCACCAACACCGUCCAAGGACACAGCUGCACCUGCAAACCAGGCUACGUGGGCAACGGGACCAUCUGCAGAGCGUUCUGUGAAGAGGGCUGCAGAUACGGUGGAACAUGUGUGGCUCCUAACAAAUGUGCCUGUCCGUCUGGAUUCACAGGAAGCCACUGUGAGAAAGAUAUUGAUGAAUGUGCAGAGGGGAUCAUUGAGUGCCACAACCAUUCCCGCUGCGUUAACCUGCCAGGGUGGUACCAUUGUGAGUGCAGAACCGGUUUCCAUGACGAUGGGACCUAUUCACAGUCCGGGAAGUCCUGUAUUGACAUUGAUGAAUGUGCCUUAAGAACUCACACCUGUUGGAAUGAUUCUGCCUGCAUCAACUUGGCAGGGGGCUAUGACUGCCUCUGUCCCUCUGGGCCUUCCUGUUCCGGCGACUGUCCCCACGAAGGCGGACUGAAGCGCAAUGGGCAGGUGUGGACCCUGAAAGAAGACAGGUGCUCUGUCUGUUCCUGCAAGGAUGGGAAGAUAUUCUGCCGACGGACAGCUUGCGAUUGUCUGAAUCCAAGUGUUGACCUUUUCUGUUGCCCAGAGUGUGACACCAGGGUCACCAGUCAAUGUUUAGAUCAAAACGGACACAAACUCUAUCGAAGUGGAGACAACUGGACCCACAGCUGCCAGCAGUGCCGAUGUCUGGAAGGAGAGGUAGACUGCUGGCCACUCACGUGCCCCAAUCUGAGCUGUGAGUACACAGCUCUCUUGGAAGGGGAGUGUUGUCCGCGCUGUGUCAGUGACCCCUGCCUGGCCGAUAACAUUGCCUACGACAUCAGAAAAACUUGCCUGGACAGCUCUGGUGUUUCGAGGCUGAGCGGAGCAGUGUGGACAAUGGCCGGGUCGCCCUGCACAACUUGUAAAUGCAAGAAUGGGCGCGUCUGCUGUUCUGUGGACUUGGAGUGUCUUCAAAACAACUGAAGCCUUCGAAAUGGACUCAUCACAGGAGAAACAUGGACAAAACAGUCAUGCAACGUGAUGAAGGAUAGGAGCUGAUUUCUUUUAAUCAUAGACGAUUACCAAAGUCUCCAUCUGAGGAAGGUGUUUGGGGGUGGCCUUUGAGACUGACCACUUUGCUCAUUCCUGCCAACCUAGCCUAGGUGACCUACAGUGCAGUGCAUUUGCGUCUAUGGUUGUUCAAAGAUGUUUCCCGUGUUGUAAAUCAUGUUUCCCUUACCAGGUCAUCUGCAAAUACAUUUAAAUGAUCUCAUGGUAAAUGUUGAUGUAUUUUUUGGUUUAUUUUAUGUACUAACAUUGAUAAAGACAGCACCAUUUAUUAAUUAAUUUAUUUAUUUUUCUUAAUUUCUGGAUCAAAUUCUAAAAAUAAAAUGGCCUAUUGUGAUUUUGCUCCAUCCACUGCAUACUUAGUAUUGAGACUCUUGUGAAAUGAAUUGAUGAAAAAUAUGUACGAAUGGUCCAAUCGCAGAAAACUUAUUUUACGUCCAACCACUGAACAUACUUAGAUGGCCACUGGAUCAGCUUAGAUACAUUAGAUACCUAUUGCUGAAAGCACCUAUGCUACCCUAAAGGGAGGAAGGACAGAAUGCAAAUAAGUAUUGAAAAAGGGCUCUCUUCUUCCUCUUGCAAAAAUGAAAUAUAAAGAAAAGAAAAACAAAAUCUUAACUUGCAAUUUAGAAGCAGCAAUGCUUGCAGCCCUUCUUAGCUACAAAAGCAAAAUUAUCUUCACAUUCAUUUUUAUAUUACUUAAUAACUAAUGAAGUAAUAGUUACCAAUAAAAUCAUCAUAAUAGAAGUGAAUAGUCUUACUGAACCUAUAAUACUGAGACAUGAAUUAAGCAGUCUGGUAAACCAAAAGUUUACUUGAUUUAUGAUAUCAGGUUUGGUAACUAAGGCCUUUACUUCUUGUCCUGGGCUGUUUUCGACUAAACCACAUUGCCUUUCUAUGAAUGAAGAGGACUCUAAGAAAAUCUGUUUGCAUGUUCAGUAGUUACUUGAGACAGUCAAUGAUUCUACUUGAGCCACUGCAGUAUUUUUAAGAGUUGGCAGGUAUUAAGUUGUACAAAAUGAAUAAAAUGUGUAAAUGACAUUUUAUCUGAGCUGAGAAUUCAGCCUUUUCUACUUUCAGAUAAGUCACUAGUUGUUCUGAAUCAAGUUAGUUCACGGAUUUUUUCACCCACUCUGCCAAUAUUAAAAACACCUAAUUUGUCAUAUCAGUCAUGCUAAAAAUGAUACUUAACAAUUAAUUAAAACUUUUAGUUUAAAAAUUAUAAACUUCAGUCACGUCAAUAUUAUUUAUUGAUAUUUGUCCAAUGGAGGUGAUAAUUGAAAUCUUUUAUAAAAUAGAUUUCACUACAUGAAAUCAAUUUCAUGUGAUGAAUUGUAAUAAAAGCAAUUUAAAUACUACAUUGGACAAAAGCAGAUAUAAUAUGUUAAAUUAAAGCACAUCUCUAUUGUAAUUCCCUACAUGAAACCUUAGAGUGAAGAAUUUUUAAAUUACUCCUUUGAAAAUAUUUAUAAAAAAGUCAUUUCAAAAGAAAUCUUUCAUUUUUUGUUGAAGCAUUUUGUUGGAACCAGAUACAUUUACAAAAAUUAUUUGUAAUUAUAUCUGUUUGGGAUUGGCGGACUGUGGCCCCAUGUGUCGAAUCCAGAUCUUACCCUGUUGAUUAGAGCAGAUAGGGUUAUUCACCUGCCUACUGCCACAGUUAUAGAGAUAGAAUGCCAGAGGAAAGUGGUUUCCAUGGGUAACAACUGGCUUAUAAAAACGCCAAAUAUUACUAUAUUGCCUUCCAGUGAAAAAGUUUUCCCACCUCUGGUACAGAUGAUUACUGAAUAUUGACAUUUAUAAAUGUCCCCACAUCUGUUCCCAAGGAGCUUUCAAAACGCAACAGUUUUGACUUUGUGUAUGCACACACUUUACCUUUCUGCCAUUAGCAUUGACGGCUCAUUGUAAAAUAUCCUUAUUUUACACAUACAGUCUUAAGCCCAAUAUUUUCUUCUUUCUAUUGAUCUGAUGGAGUAUAUUUAAUCUGGGCUAACUUGAUGACAUAACUUUACUCUGUUUAGUUGCACAAUUAAAAUAUCAGUAGCUCCUAUUAGUAAAGGAUAUACUUUCUAUAAAAUAAUGGAUGACAUUUAUGUAUUAUUAAAUAUUAUUGAGUCAGGGGUGGUGAAGCACUUUAUACACACGGUGCUUUUCUAAGCUCUACUGGAGAAAAAAAGAUUACUAGAACAGAACCUUCUCUGUUCUUGGUUUCAGUAGUAGAGAUUGAACCCAGGAUUUCCUUGCCCAGGUACAUUCCCCCCACUACACCUUUUUUUAUUUUAAGGCAGGCUCCCACUAAGUGGCCAGGCUGGUCUUCAACUAGGGCUCCUCCUGUCUCAGCCUCCCAGGCUGCUGAGAUUAUAGGUGUGGGCCUCAAUGUCUAGCUCAGAGCCUUAUUUCCACAAUCACCAUUAAAUGGGCCUUUAGGAGAUAUUAACAAUUUUUGAACCCAUUAAGGGAGUCUAUUGGAGUAUGACAACAUCUGAAAUAUCUCCUCUAACCAGAAUUUUUUAGAAAGAGUUAAUUAUUAAAAGUCUUGGAAGUGUAGCUUAGUGGUGGAGCACUUGCCUACUAAGUUUAAAGCCAUGAGUUCAAUCCUCAGUACCUGAAAAACAAUCAACAACAAAAAUCUGAUAAAUCUCCUUACAGAAUGUGUUUUGCUACCAUGCUAUGAUUGGAAGUGAAAAAUGAGUAUCCAUGUAAAGAGUCAAAGCAGCGUGUGAGAAAUCUAACACCUUGAGACCACAACUAUGGUCAGUCCCGUCAUAACUGUGAAGAUCUUUACAUACAUCUGCAAGAAACAGUUUAAAAAAAAUAAAAGAUUGUAGCUACCCUCCCAUUAUUUCUAGUGUGAAUUCAUUGCAAGUCAGGAGAGCAGAAUAUGGGGAGGAGAUGAAUGUUCUCCAUGUUAACUAGGCAUAUAUCUAUUAAAUACAAAUUUUUCUUCAUUCUUUUCUUCUAGGUCACAUAUUAAUAUAUAUUAUAUAUAGUUUGCAUAUGAAUAUAUGUAACAUUCAUAUGUAACUUGCAAUGCAUAUAUAUAAUAUACAUUCAUAUGCAAAAUAUAUUUUUUUUCCUGAGGUUCACCUCCUCUAAAUUUUAUAGAUCUGCACUUAUGUCAUUGUUAUGCAUUUUAAAUGUAUAUUUUUCUUAUAUUGCUGUUAUCAUGGACCAUGAGCUAGAUUGUAAAUUAAAUCCAUGCAUGUUUUUCAUUUGCUAGCAUACAGCACAGUGCCUUGCACAGAGCAGGUUUUCAAUUAUUUUAUUCAAAUAUUGAAUUUAUUUUUUUCAUAAUAUAAAAGCUAGAGGGGUAUUGGAAAAUAUCCACUCUGGUUUUCAAGUGUUCUUAAUGAGACCUGUUUUCAAAACCAAAAUAUAUUCAAUGCUCCAAUAUAAAAAUCGGAUAAGAGGAGGCUUUCCGUGAUUACAGUAGGGUUAAGACAGCAGGAGGUACUUCACACAUCCCACCGCAACCUACAGCUUUCAGCAGAGCACAGCUUGAAAGCCAUCGACCUAACUUUUCACCUUUAUUUUCACAAAUGAGGAAAUCAGCAUGCAGAGUGAUCGACUUGCCCAGAGUUCACAACUAAUUAAUCAUAGAUCCGGAACUACCACCUGACCCUGUACCAUUCUGCCAUGGCUUCAAAUGUGUGUCCACAUUUCUGUUUCAAGUGAGCUUUUCCUACCCCUUCUGAAUGGAUGACAUUAAAGACAAUCAUGUAAGCAA